UUACGAUUAAUUAGUGAUGUAAGUGGUCCUUUUCUAAAAUCGAGCAUCACAUUCAGGCCAACAUUCGGUUCGUUUGGAUUACACACAAUCAAUCGAUAUCCAGCCUCUCCAAACCAUGUACGGAAUGUUAUUGGAGAGUGUGGCUCAUUUUAUCCAGCUGGAAUAUGGCGAAGAUGUUUGGACUGAAAUUAGAAAAGUCGCAAAAUGUGACUACCAAGUAUUCAAUACGCACCAAGUAUAUCCCGACAAUGUUAUGAGCAAUCUGGCUGUAGCAGCUGCAACAGUUUUGGGCGCGUCUUAUGACAACUUUAUGAACUUCUAUGGAAGAUGCUUUGUGAGGUUCUUUACACAUUUGGGGUAUGAUAUUACUAUCAAAGCCACAGGCAGGUACUUCACAGAUUUCUUGGAGAGCGUGGAUAAUAUCCACACUCAGUUCCGGUUCACUUAUCCCAAAAUGCAGAGCCCUUCAAUGUAUUUGACAAAUAUUGAUGUGAACGGAUGUGUGUUGGUCUACAGAAGUGGUAGACAAGGAUUCACACAGUACAUUAUGGGCCAACUGGUACAGGUUGCUAAAGAUUUUUAUAACUUAACGCUUAAUGUAAAGGUACUGGAAAAAGCAUCUUCAGCUAGUGGAAAUAGAAACUAUGUUAUUGUCACUUUUCGAUUGAAUUUUGAUAACAGAGCAUACAUGCUUCAUAAGUCACGAAAAGAAUCCUUUCAUAGAAGUGGCUUGUUGACGUCUUUUUCAAGCGAGAUCCUUUUAGAUCUUUUUCCAUUUUGCUUAAUACUUGACGACCAAAUGCACAUUAUAUCAACAGGCAAAAAAUUUUUGGAAAUAUGGAAAGGAACAGAAAAUUUUUACGAUAAACCUUUAACUAACUACUUUAAAUUACGGAGGCCAAAGGGUAUAUCGUUUACAUGGAAAAACACGUUAAAUCUGCAGUCAGUGAUGUUUGAAAUGGAGUGCAAUAGAGGCGUGCACAAUUAUAACGAAGUAAUUGAAGAGGGUGCUGCUGCUAACGAAGAACCAGACCCUUCUACCCCCAAAGAAAUCAAAAAUAUUAUUCUUAAAGGUCAAAUGAAGUAUGUUAAAGAUAUAAAUGCCAUUAUUUACCUAUGUAGUCCUGUAAUCAAUGAUUUGGAUGAUCUCACUGAUCAAGCACUCUACCUGAACGAUUUGAAUCCUCAUGGUUUAAGCAAAGAGUUGGUACUGGCUGGAUGGCAGCACAACUCGAAAUUAGAAGUCAUGUUUGACAAGGCUGAGCAACGCUCUGAUGAGCUAGAUAAGAAUUAUAAACUUUUGGAGUCCUGGAAGCAGAGGGGAGAUGAACUCCUUUACUCGAUGAUGCCCAAAACUGUAGCUGACAGAUUACGAUCCACCGAAUCUUCAUUAUCUACUUGUGAAGCCUUUGAUUCUGUAAGCAUUUUGUUCUGUGAAUUGGUUGGACUAACUUCAAAAACUGUAAAGGAAACCAUGGUAGUGGUUUCAACUAUGAACACAGUGUUCUCUUCUUUCGAUUCAUUAAUGGACAAAUUCAAUGUUUAUAAGGUUGAGACUGUUGGCCAGGUUUAUAUGGUAGCGAGUGGAGCUCCUGAAAAAAAUCCCUUACAUGGCCAAAAUAUAGCUGAUUUGGCGUUGGCGAUGAUACAGGAGAUUAAAAAAAUUCGAAGAACUGAGUCAUCUGAAGUUGACGUCAAAAUAGGGAUCCACUCAGGCUCUGCUGUAGCUGGAGUAGUUGGUAUCAAAGUACCAAGGUACUGCUUCUUUGGAGAUACCAUUAACACAGCAUCCAGAAUGCAAUCUACAAGUGAGCCUGGCAAAAUACACUUAUCAACAGAUACUCAUGAUUUGAUAUCCAAGCAUAAGUUCAAAACUGAGAGUCGUGGUCUUGUCACAGUUAAGGGAAAAGGUAGCAUGCAGACUUUCUGGCUACUGGGACGAUAAGACAGGGAAAAAAUAAAACCAAUAUUGUAGAAUAAAUUAUAUUAAAUAUAAAUAAAAUAAAUUAGAAU